CUUAGGCUUAUCCAUAUGGACGUCCGUUCCUCCCUUGUACCUGACAACCAGCCGCUUGGUGAGAUUCACGCUCAGGGAAGGGGGUUGUCAGCGAGAGAGAUGGGGGGCAAAGAUUCGACCAUGUCCCACUCCGGAGCCCAGGGCAGCAUUGGGAGCCACCCAGCCAUGGGGCUGCGUACCCACAAAAUGUACCUGUUUGAGUUUGAGAACUUCCAGGGUCGUAUGAUGGAGUGCAUCACUGAGUGCCGUAACCUGUGUGAGAAGGGAUUCGAGAAGAUCGGCUCCAUCAGGGUGGAGUGUGGACCCUGGGUGGGCUAUGAGCAGCAGAACCUGAGUGGAGAAAUGUUCAUGCUGGAGAAGGGAGAGUACCCCCGCUGGGAUACCUGGAGCAACAGCUACAGGUGUGACCGCUUCAUGUCCGUCAGGCCUGUUCGCAUGGACACCCAGGACCACAAGAUAUGCCUAUUUGAGUGUAAUAACUUUGAGGGCCGUAAGAUGGAAGUUUGUGAUGAGGAUAUCCCGAGUCUGUGGUCCUACGGCUUCCAGGACCGUGUUGCCAGCAUCCAGGUCACUGGUGGAACUUGGGUUGGCUAUCAGUACCCCGGUUACCGUGGCUACCAGUACGUGUUCGAGUGCGGUGUCUUCAAGCAUUGGAACGAGUGGGGCGCCCACCAUCCCCAGAUCCAGUCCAUCCGUAGAGUGAGGGAUAUGCAGACACAUCGCAGAGGCUGCUUUGAGUGGACUGCCUAGAAGGGGCCAGGCAGGCGAUGGGUUGUGGGCCAGCAAGACAGAGGGGAAGGGGUCUGGCUAGCCCUGGAGCUAACCAUUCCGGAGUCUGGAGUUCCAUCUUGGAUCUCCACACAGCCAACAUAAGCUAACAGCUAAUAACAUAACAUCACUGGCUCCACCUCAAUCACUUACUAGUUGUAACAUUCAGGGUGCGUGUACUGUAAUUCACAAUCCCUGAAUGAAGACGUUGCCACCUACUGGGAAAGGGUUGUUACUGCAGUUCACCUGCAGAAGACUUCCACAAUGCCUGAAUAUAAUAAUACUGGUGAAACUGAUAGCUGUACCCUCUGUUCCAAGACCUGAUAGAAUUAUAGCAUGAAAAGAUUUAUGAUGGGAAUUUUAAUGGGGGAAAGGGAAUUAGUUAACAAAGAUUAUAUAGCUUCAUUAGUUUGUGUUCACUUGUUUGUUUCCAUAUCUGCAAACCCAUUGAUUUUAUACAUCUUACUGACUUGUUUCUUAGCUAUAUACCAAAUGAUGCCAAAUAAGCCUGUUCAUUACAAUGCUCUACCCUCCUGCAA